CCCCCCCCCCCCCCCCCCCCCUGUGUGUCUCGAGUCUGGACGCCGUACGUGCGUGCCAUUGCCGCCACGGCAACGAUCGAGCUGCAAUAAUUCAUAAUUCAUCCACGGAUUGGAUUGGACAUGAUGAAGGGUGGUGCCGCUCCGGCGUCCAACAAGGCGGCGAUGGACGCGCGCACGCUGGUGGCGCACGUCCUGGCCGUGGCCGCCAUCGUGCUGGUGCUCCUCUGGUGCAUCCACUUCCGCGGCGGCCUCGCCCUGCGCUCCCAGGACAAGCCGCUCAUCUUCAACGUCCACCCCGUGCUCAUGGUGCUCGGCCCCAUCGUCCUCGCCGGAGAAGCCAUCCUCAGCUACCGCUCUCUCCCUCUCGCCCGCGACGCCAGGAAGAAGGUGCACCUGGCGCUGCACGCCGCGGGCCUCGCCGGUGGCGUCCUCGGCGUCUACGCCGUCUUCAAGUUUCACGUCGAGAGCGGCAUCCCCAACCUCUACUCGCUCCACUCCUGGGUCGGCAUCGCCACCGUCACCCUCUACGGGCUCCAGUGGACCGCCGGAUUCCUCACCUACUUCUUCCCCGGCGCCUCCCCCACCACCAGGCGCAGAACGCUGCCAUGGCACGCCGUCUUCGGCCUCCUCAUCUUCGUGCUCGCCGUUGGAACCGCGCAGCUGGGCUUCCUCGAGAAGCUCACCUUCAUGCAGGGCCAGCCCCUGCGCCUACCCAAGUACGGCGCAGAGGCGCUGCUCAUCAACUUCACCGCCGUGGUCGUGCUCCUCCUCGGCGUCGCCGUCGUGCUUGCCACCGUCAACAUCGACGGGACCAGGUACAACACCAUUAUGUGAGCGUCAAGCUGCCGUCUUGAUCGACGACCCGUCAUGCUACGACAUACAUAUAUAUAUAUAUAUAUAUAUAUAUAUAUAUAUAUAUAUAUAUAUAUAUAUAUAUAUAUAUAUGAUGAAACAUAUGAUGCAUUGUACAGUGGUGCGGAACUGUAAUUCUACCUGUAACAGUAUGUUGUUAAGGUGUUUUUUUUACCA